AUGCCACGAAAGGCACUUGACUCGCGCAUUCCGGCGCUGAUUCGCAAUGGAAUCCAGGAAAAGAAAAGAAGUUUCUUCGUUGUGGUCGGAGACCGGGCCAAAGAUGUUAUUGUUCACCUUCAUUAUAUCAUGUCGAGCGUCGACGUAAAACAGAAUAAAUCGGUGCUAUGGGCAUAUAAAAAGGACCUACUCGGCUUCACAACCCAUCGCAAGAAGAGAGAGACGAAGAUAAAGAAAGAAAUAAAGAGAGGAAUACGCGAUCCGAAUACCGAUGACCCCUUUGAACUUUUUAUAACUCUUAACCAGAUCCGAUAUGUGUAUUACAAGGAGACGGAAAAGAUUCUGGGAAAUACAUACGGAAUGUGUAUACUACAGGAUUUUGAAGCCUUGACGCCAAAUUUGCUUGCACGGACAGUGGAGACAGUUGAGGGUGGUGGCAUCGUCAUCCUUCUUUUGAAAGGUAUGAAGAGCUUGAAACAAUUGUACACGCUAUCCAUGGACAUACACUCGAGAUACCGGACGGAGGCUCAUGAUGAUGUUGUGGCACGAUUCAAUGAGCGUUUUAUCUUGUCCCUGGGCAGCUGCAACACAUGUCUUGUGGUUGAUGAUGAAUUAAAUGUACUUCCUAUAUCUGGAGGAAAGGCAGUCGCGCCGCUACCACCUGUUGAUCCCGAAGAGGAAGCCAACUCUUCUAGCAAAAAGGAGCUACAGUCCAUAAAGACGGAACUAGAAGACACACAGCCAGUAGGAGCAUUGGUGAAACUGGCCAAAACUGUCGACCAGGCGAAGGCACUCCUCACAUUUGUGGACGCUAUCGCGGAAAAAACGUUGCGCAGUACCGUCACCUUAACUGCUGCUCGUGGACGUGGAAAAUCAGCAGCUCUCGGCGUGGCCAUUUCCGCUGCCAUUGCACAUGGCUAUAGUAAUAUUUUCAUUACUUCUCCAAGCCCGGAGAAUUUGAAGACUCUCUUCGAGUUCGUAUUCAAGGGCUUCGAUGAAUUGGGUUACCUUGAUCACGUUGACUACACUAUCCUUCAGUCAACUAAUCCAGAUUUCAACAAAGCAAUUGUUAGGGUCAAUGUUCAUCGGCAACACAGACAAACAAUACAAUAUAUACAACCUCAGGAUGCGUUUGCCUUAGGACAAGCCGAACUUUUGGUCAUUGACGAGGCCGCAGCAAUCCCCUUGCCAUUAGUACGAAAGCUAAUGGGGCCUUACCUUGUGUUUAUGGCCUCAACGAUCAAUGGUUACGAAGGCACUGGGCGAUCUCUUUCUCUGAAGCUGAUACAACAACUGCGAGAACAGUCAAGAGGAGGGGCUAAAUUGAACGGUGCCGACGAUACCGACAUCACUGACCGAUCCACUGGAAAGGCAGCAAGGAAAGAUGGAGGUUCUCAUCCGGGAGGUAGAACUCUACGCGAGAUAACUUUGUCAGAGCCAAUUCGAUAUACCCAAGGAGACUCCGUCGAAAAAUGGCUUAACAAACUCCUGUGCCUUGACGCGACUCUGCCAAAAUCUAAAUUGAAUACCCAGGGAUGCCCGCAUCCAUCUCAAUGCCAAUUGCUUCAUGUUAACCGUGAUACCCUCUUUUCUUUCCACCCAGUCUCCGAAAAAUUCCUCCACCAGAUGAUGGCUUUAUAUGUUGCUAGUCAUUACAAGAAUUCUCCAAAUGACCUUCAACUCAUGAGCGAUGCGCCGGCUCACCAGCUUUAUGUUUUGGUACCACCUGUCGAUGAGAAUGCAACAAAGCUCCCUGAGCCAUUAUGUGUCAUUCAGAUUGCUUUAGAAGGCCAGAUAAGUAAGCAAAGUGUAUUGAACAGCUUGAGCCGCGGCCAAAGAGCAGGUGGUGAUCUUAUUCCUUGGCUUGUCAGUCAGCAAUUUCAGGACGAGGAUUUUGCUGGUUUGUCUGGAGCGCGAAUCGUACGAAUUGCCACUAACCCGGACUACAUUGGGAUGGGAUAUGGCUCUCGUGCUUUGGAGCUACUUAUUGACUUCUUUGAGGGCAAGUUUGCUAGCUUAUCAGAGGACGAGAAUCCAGCCCCUGAGGAAAUGGUCCGUGUGACUGAUGCUGAAUUGGAGGAGUCUAAUCUUCUAGAUGAUAAUGUCCAUGUCAGGGAUAUCCAGUCAAUGCCUCCUCUUUUUGGAAAGCUCUCUGAACGACAACCCGGCUCCCUUGACUACGUUGGUGUGAGUUUUGGCCUGACACAGCCUCUACAUAAAUUCUGGAAAAGAUCUCAGUUCGCUCCUGUCUAUCUAAGACAAACACCUAACGAUCUUACUGGCGAGCACUCCUGUGUUAUGAUCCGUACUCUUUCUACUGGAUCUAAUGACGCUUCGUGGCUUGGAGCAUUUGUAUCAGAUUUCCAUAAACGUUUCCAAUCGCUAUUGUCAUACCAAUUCCGCGAAUUCCCAUCAGUCAUGUCCUUGAGCAUGAGCGAGUCUGCCACUACAAUCGCAAAAUCCGAUCCUUCGCUUAAGCCAUCUCCCGUCACGAAAGCAGACAUCGAUGCUAUCUUUUCUCCUUUUGAUCUUAAACGACUUGAUAGUUACGCGAACAACUUGUUAGACUAUCAUGUUAUUCUCGACUUGGUCCCCGCAAUUGCAUCACUCUACUUCUCCGGACGUUUAACUCCGGGGGCCAACCUCUCAGGUGUCCAACAAACUAUCCUUCUAGCCACUGGUCUACAGCGCAAGACCUUCGAUGAUGUGGAAAAGGAGCUCAAAGUUGCCGCAACCCAGCUUAUGGCGAUGUUUAUUAAGAUAAUGAGAAAAGUGUCCACACAUUUCCGCUCCGUUCUUGAAGGAGCCGUAGCAGACGCAAUGCUUACAACGAACAAAGCCAUAACUCAGAGGGAGAUAACCGAGGCUCAUGAUGAUAAGAUCGUUGAGGACCGCUUCCGUGCCCUUGAUGUUGACCUAGAAGACGAGCUGAAGGAGGGUGGACGAGAGGUUGAUGCUGCGCUACGGGAAAAGCAGAGAGCCUUAAUUGAUGCCCUCCCAUUGAACCAAUACGAGAUCGAACAUGGAGCUGUAGGUUGGGAAGAAGCUGAAAAGCAGAUCCGCACGUCGUCAUCCAAAGAUAGCAGCAUUAAGACAGUUAGUGUGAAAUCUUCCGCUAAACGGAAGGCUGGCGAAACUGCGAGAGACAUUUAUGAGAAGGAGAUUGGCAGCAAGGAGAGGAAGAAGGUAAAAAAGGGCACCGAGGGCCGGAGAAGGGACUGA